AUGUUUUCCUCGCUGAAUCGCCCGGCGGGGCAGUCCCUCUUUGGGGGAAAUUCGACCAGCCUGUUCGGACCCGCGUCGAUACAACAACAACAAUCACAGCUGCAACAGCAACAGCAACAGCAGCAGCAACUCCAACAACAGGCCGCACAGCAGCAACUGAACCCUAAUCCACAGCCCGGCGGCUCGCUGUGGCAACCCAACAGUCACAUGAGCUACCAAAAGCCCGUCCCCGAGCAGAUGAAACUCAUCACCGAGAAGUGGGACCCGACGAAUCCCAAUUGCGCUUUCAAGACCUAUCUCUACAACAAGGUUGAUGAGCACACGGUACCGCUGUACGGCCCCGGCCCGAACGAAGACCCCAAGGAGUGGGAGGAGGCGCUGCAGAACAAGCCGGCACCCAACUACAUCCCAGUGCUCUGCUCCGGUUUCCCGUCCAUAAUUGCCCGCGUCGCGCUGCAGCGCCGAGUAAUCGUCGAGUUCAACAACAAGCUCCACGCCAUCAACGCUAGUCUGGACGCAAUCCUGUCGCGACACGACCUCGACCACACGGUGCGUGCUCUCAACGCGCGUCGCCGCCACGCCGAGCUGAGCCGCCGCUGCUUGGCGCUAGCGUCGCGCGUUCAGGUGCUCCGUAACCGCGGGUACGCCCUGUCUGGCGACGAGGACGAGCUGAGGCAGAAGCUUGCCCAGAUCGACAAGCACAUACAGGAUCCGGCGAUGGGUGCGCGAAUGGAGGAGCUGUGGAGUCGGCUGGUGAUCUUGCGCAGCUAUGCCGAGAAUCUGAAGGAGCAGAUCAAUGAUACUGGGUUCCCUGAGGCCGACGGGUUGGAUGAAGAGAUUGAGGCCAAGGCGAAGAAGAUUCUUGAAGACUACGACAAACAACUGCAGCACCUUAAGACACAGAUCGAGGAGGCCAAGAAGGAUUUCGAGACCUGGGAAGCGCAACACAGCCCGAAACCGGCACCAGCUUAA